CAAAAUAAUAUUAGGAAACGUAAAAUAUUUGGCUUCACCUCCAUCGUCAUUUACAAUCAAGAUUCCUGUAAUAUUUUGCUGCAAUAAUUGUUCGAAAGUGGUAGUCUUAUACAACGCAAGCAACUAGUGAUGUCGGUUUGGACACUUCGAUGAAUUUUUGACAGCCCGAUCAGCAUCGAUCUCGGGUUGAACGUUGCUUCUACUUUCUGUUCGAUUUCUACAGUCAUAUAUAUAAUUUCUAAUUUCUUAAUAAUCAAUACUUCAUUGAAAUUCACAAUGAACUCCAUCUCAGAACACUCGCUUAUUGUUCUCUUCAUCGCUGUUAUCGUUUUUUCUACCCAAUGGACGGAAGUAAUCUGUCGAAGAAAUCUUCAGGUUUCAACGAGAGGGCUCGCUGACUACGAUGAUGAAAGCUUUGACUUGGGUCGUGAAGUCAACAUAGAACAUAUUCUAAAUGAAAUUGAAGCGAUGGGCUUACGUCCAAAAGGAAUGAAAAUAGCACCUAAAACUUUGAAUUCACGGUCGGACAAAAAUCAGGACAACAAUGUGGAGCCGAUGGAGGAUCCGCUUCCGACUACUACUCUACGGAUACCACGCAGAGAGGUUUUCAGCAUUCCGACACCAAAUACUGGAAUGAAUAAUUCACAAGAAAUUAUUCUCAACGAUCAAACUUCCAACAAUUUGUUGGAUUAUUCAAUGGACGAUGAAAAUUCCAAUCCUGCACUGAUUUCUAACUCGAGCUCGACAAAUGGAAGACUGAGGCGAUCCAUGGACGACAGCGUAGCAGAUAUAUUGCAGUCCGGCAAAGACAAGCGCCAGCCUCGAUUCUUCGUGAAUUACGACAAAAGACAUGCCUUCAACACUUCUAUGGAAUUCACAAUUCCACUUUUUUCCUUUUUGAUGCCGGGUGCGGGCGACUUGACGCACGAUGGGCUGGAUGGGAACAUUUUCGGUUGGCAGACGAUGACAACGUACUUCCUGGCCGGCGCCUUGUCCGUAGCUAUAUACGUCGUCACUGCGGGCUCUGUCGACGAGGAAGUACCGCUCGAGACCGUCCUCAAGCCUAUUUUUCCUGGGUCUCAGUUCUUGAGCGAUAGAAGCGGGAUAUCGCCAGCCCUGCACUCUGCGCUGGAACGACUAGUCGACGCGAUCGAGGAAGCAAACGGGAAAGGAAAAAAUGAAAUUUCAAAGAGAAGGCUUUCUGUCACCGAUUGGGAGAGUUUCGACUACGGCAGUGAUGUCAAAAUUGACGACAUAAUAAAGGAAAUGGAAGCAAUGGGCGUGCGUUCAAAAUCUAAGCAAGAAAUCUUUAAGCAAGGUGUGUCGAAGAAUAAUAAAACAAUUUCAAAAAUAAAUCACAACGAUUGCGGUAAGAAGUCGAACACCCCUGCGUCGACUUCAAUUCAACAGGGGGAGAAAAGCAGCAUUUUUGGAAGUAUUAAAAGUUUUCUGGCAUCCAUUGUGGGUAUGGAAACUUCUAACGCGAUUGAUUCCAGCAUUCAAGUGGACGACGGCAAUUCAUUGGAUUACGCACUGGAUAUCGAUCAAGCCAAUACUCCAUCAAAUUCCAACUGGGAUAAUUCGGAAAUUUUCAUGCAUUUGAAUUCGACAAGUUACAGAGAGGAAAGUCCAAUGGAUGGCAGUGUAUCGGACAUCUUGCAGCCCGUCAAAGGCGGGAGACAGCCGCGUCUUUUCUACAAUUUCGACAGAGGUUCUUCCUGGAACACGACCGUUUCCUACACAUUUCCGAUCUUCUCCUUCUUUUUGCCGGGUUACAAGGAAGUGAGACCCGACGGGGUGGACAACCGCAGCUACGGAAUUGUUGUGUGGGUUUUCAUCAUUAUGAUGCUGACUUUGUUGAUUUCUGUGUCCACGACCAUGCAAGGCGGUCUCAUGCAGCCUCCCGAGCAACCUAUUUGGCUUCAGCCACAUCUCGGGCGCGCUUUCCUGGGGGAUAAGCACCCAGGCGACCUCAGCGCGCUGUCAGAGGCCGUGCACGGGGCGCUGGAGAAGCUCGCCGACGCGCUGGAGGUGAAGUCUUGUACACAUCUUGCCACAUGCGAGGCCUACACCGACCUGCAUGCAAACAGCCUGCUCAGCCUGCCCUUCAGGGCCUACACACCGUUACGCGACGACGUAACUGACGAGAGUGUGCUGACGUCACUCGAGGUCGCCGCACGUCGCUCGUCAGGAUCAGGAUCAUGUCGCAGGGAAUAUCCUUGCAUCGUCGAUCCCUUCGAGCUGAUGAACCUCGUCAUUGACUGGGUAGCUGGGAAAUUUUCAUCCUGAUGCGAGUAAAAGUCAAUGUAAAUGGUUUAGGAUUCUGAAUCAUUUCACGUGAUUAAGUUGAAGAAUUUGGUAACAUGUAAUUAAUAUUUUAUCGAAUGAUGGGA